AUGAAGAAGGAAGGAGGUCGUCAGACGUCUCAUAUCGGCCCCGGUGUACCCGGCGACCCGACUGAUGUUAUCACUCGAAAGCCGACGUGGAAUGAAAGCGGUCACUACUGUGUAGAUGAAGAAUCUCUCCCCUCUCAACACACCCCCACACCACCAUAUACCGGUGGUAAUAUCCUGAGUUUUGACAAACCAUUUGCAUCCACAGUCCUCACUCCAGAGGACAAAUCGAGACAA